AUGCUCAACUUCUACAACUGUGUUCACAUAGAUAGAAAGCUUCUAGCGGGUAUCGAGGCCUGUGAUUGCACUAGCAUGGAUUCGAAGGAAGUCAGUGUCCAAGUGAGAAAUCUCGAAAAGUCCAAGACAAACGAUGAGGUAGUAUUGCAGAUUCUUCAGACGCUGGAUCGUGAAGUGGUUCCCACCGAGAAGCUCCUCAGGGAGACCAAAGUGGGCGUGGAGGUCAACAAAUUCAAGAAGUCAGCCAACGCGGAGAUCGCCAAGUUGGUGAAGAGGAUGAUCGCUUCCUGGAAGGAAGCGAUUAACAAGAGCAAAAAGGCGAGACUGCUGCAACAGCAGGCGUCCCAGCAAGACCAAGGCAGCUCAAAACCGCCGGCAGAGAGUCCAGACGGCACCGAGGCCAAGAGACAGGAUAAGUUUGUUUCUACGAAGCCCAGAAAUAGCAAAAACGAUGGCGUGAAUACGACCAUCUACAACCACAAAUUGCGUGACAUGGUGGUCAAAGCCCUCUACGAUGCGCUGGCAAAGGACAGCGAACAUCCGCCAAAAUCUAUCUUGCAGACGGUAAAAUCCAUCGAAGACGAAAUGAACAAGCUGAAUAACUGCGACGAAAACGAAAAAGCAUACAAGGACAAGUACCGUAUCAUCUACUCCAACAUCAUCUCCAGGAAUAACCCGGACCUCAAGCACAAGAUAGCCGGCGGCGACAUAACGCCCUUCUAUCUGGUCCACUGUGAUCCGAAAGAGCUGGCUCCCGAGCACCUCAAGAAGAAGCUCGAGGAGAUCGCCAAGCAGAACCUUUUCAACGCCCAGGGCGCCACUGUGCAGAGAUCCGUCACAGACAGGUUCACUUGCGGCAAGUGCAAAGAAAAGAAGGUGUCCUACUACCAAUUACAAACAAGAUCUGCCGAUGAGCCUCUCACAACUUUCUGCACCUGCGAGGUGUGCGGGAAUCGGUGGAAAUUCUCCUAG